AUGAGCUUUGGUUCGCAAUCCACGGCGACAGAAGUCGCAGUUGCCUUUGGGAAGUACAUUCGAGGGAAGACAGUCCUCAUGACAGGAGUCAGCCCCGAAAGCAUCGGCGAAGCGACCGCGCACGCUAUUGCUUCUCAGCAGCCUGCUCGACUCUUCCUAGCAUCCCGCACGAGGUCAAACAUUGAUUCUGUCGCCAACAACAUCCGAGCCAAGUUUCCAGCUACACCGCUGCAUCCACUACUUCUAGACCUUUCCUCUCAAACUUCUGUUCGUCAAGCUGCCGCGGAAUUCAAUGCCUCAGCAUCCAAGCUAGACAUUCUUAUCAACAACGCAGGGAUCAUGGCAGUUGCAGAGCGAACCCUAUCAGUUGACGGAAUUGAACUUCAAUUCGCAACUAAUCACAUCGGACACUUUCUCUUUACAAAUCUGAUUCUAGACAAGAUGCGUGUUGCAGCAAAAGAGAGCGAAAUACGAGGUGCCACGAGAAUAAUUAAUAUCAGUAGCAAUGGACAUCGAUUCUCUCCUGUGCGAUUCAAUGAUUGGAACUUUGAGGGCAAAGAUGUUCCCAUUGAGCAGCAACCUGACGUGGAGAAGCUCAUGGGACGAAUUGGAUCUAUUAACUGGACAAAUGGGUAUGAAAAGUUUGUGGCAUACGGGCAAUCGAAGACCGCGAAUAUUUUGUUCUCACUGUAUCUCAGAGAGAAUCUUGGCAAAGGCGGCAUUUUGUCAUUCAGUGUGCAUCCAGGGACAAUUGGAACCAACCUGAUUCGAAACAUGUUUACGGACAUCAAGAAGCAAGAGGCAGCUAAGCUUUCAAUGAGGCCGGAGUCACUGGUCGGAUCAUACAAGAGCAUCGAUGGCGGAGCGUCAACGUCAAUAUUUGCGGCAUUCGACCAGUGCGUGGAUGGCACAAGCAGCAUAUACCUUGAAGAUUGUAGUGAAGCGACACCCGCACCUCACGCAAACGAUGUUACACUUGCGCAUAAGUUGUGGACUUUGAGUGAGACCCUAGUCGGCCAGGAAUUCACGUUGUAG